AUGACUGAAAUAAUUCAGCUAAAUAUUGUGGGAGUCGAAGGGAAAAGAAACGUGACCUGUACAUUGAAACAAUUGUACGAUGAAGUAAGAAGGAAGUGCAAACUGUCUCUGAGUGAUGAUGAAGAUUUGAGAUUGGUUUAUGCAGGCAUUGAGUUGGAAAACACAGAAAACAUAAAGAUAAAAAAUCUGGAAAUCCCAAACAACGCUCAAAUAUUUAUGGUUGUGAGAGUGCGUGGUGGCGAAGAAAACGAAAAAAUCGACAAAAAAGAUGGUAGAAACCGCGCAAUAACGAUCGAAUCCAGCAGACGACUGAGCCACUUGUUCGCUAGCAACGUCUUGUUAAUAUUGGUGAAGGAAAUUUUGAACUAUGAACACGUGGAAAUUGAUGUAGUCGAUGAGUUCUCCCCACUGCUCUUUAGAAAUGCUUUGGGAAGAUUGAGAAACGACAACAACAACAACAACAACAACAACAACAACAUCAUCAACAACAACAUCAACAACAUCAACAACAACAACAACAAGAUCAUUAGCAAUGGCGACAAUGACCUUAGCGGAAAUGAUCAAAUUUGUGCGCUCCAACGGUCUUGGUGGGCCUAG